AUGGCUUAUUAUUUCCUUUUAUUUGUGUUUGUUUUUGCUAGUCAAGUGAUUGGUGGAUUCAAUACAAAGUUACCACCUCCAUCCUAUGGAAAUACAAUAACCAUUCUUAGCAUUGAUGGUGGUGGCAUUAAGGGGAUUAUUCCUUCUGUUGUUCUUGAGCGCUUGGAAAAUGCUCUUAAGAUUGUGUCAAAUGAUGAAAAAGCAGCGGUUGCAGAUUAUUUUGAUGUGAUUGCUGGGACUAGCACUGGAGGACUCAUUGCUGCUAUGCUUGCUGCUCCUAACUCAAAUGACCCUACUCGUCCUGCAUCAACUGCUGCAGAAAUCUUAAAAUUCUACGUGGAUUUUGGUCCUUCUAUAUUCAACAAAACUUCUGCUGCUGGUUGGAAUCAAACUUCUCCUCGUCCAAAGUAUGAUGGGAAGUUCUUACAUGAAAAAGCACGUGAGAUAUUGCAUGAAUCAAGAUUGCAUGAUACAUUGACCAAUCUUGUAAUUCCAACUUUCGAUAUCUUAAAAGUCCAUCCAGUUAUUUUCUCAAGCUUUAAGAUAGAUGAAGUUCCUAGCCUAGAUGCAAAAUUGUCAGAUAUAUCCAUUGGAACUUCAGCUGCACCAACUCUCCUGCCACCCUAUUACUUCAAGGAUGGUGAUAAUGAAUUCAAUUUAGUUGAUGGAGGUGUAGCUGCAGGAAAUCCGGCAUUGGUUGCAUUGAGUGAAGUGGCACAACAACUGAACGCCAAGAAUCCUGAUUUCGUUCGUGUGAAGAACUCAAACGAGCCUAUCAAAAUCGUGUUGUUGUCGUUAGGAUGUGGAAGAUUGGUGCCUCCAGGUGUUGGUGCCAGACUUGCAUAUUUCCUACCAGCUGUUCAGUGGAUACCCCUUGGAGUUUUAGGUCUAGCUACUGCUGCUGCAGACAUGAAUGAAUAUCACCUCGCAUCCGUGUUCCCUGACCUCCCGUCUUCUGAGAAUUACUACCUUCGGGUCGAGGAGUAUAACUUGGAUCCAUCGAUAGGUUUUGAUGAUACUAGCAAUGAAAGUUUGGAAAAACUUGUAAAGGCAGGAGAGGAUUUGUUGGAACAAACUGUUAAGACUUUGGAUGUAACUUCUUUUGUUCCACAUGAAAAGCCAAGUGAGGGUACAAAUGAUGAGGCUCUUGAAAGGUUGGCUAAGUUUCUGUACAUCGAGAAGGUGUUGCGUUUGAAAAAGAAAUCAAUGGAAAAAGGAGGACGACCAUUUGUUGAAUAA